AUGACAAACCCAAUGAUGUCUGUGAACUCUUUACUGACAUCAGGACAGCAGAAGGUCCCAAUGGUUCCCUCUCCAUUUGGGCCUCCAAUUGUGGACAGAGAUGUCUUGUCUUCCAGUAUAGCUCCAACUGACCCAAGCCAGUUUUGUGUUCCUUCCCAGUUUGGAUCCUCUGGUCUCCCAAAUGCAAAUAUGCCAAACCCGCUAUCCAGUCACUUCUACUCAGGUAUGAGCAAUGAGCACUUGACCCAGGCUGUGGAUCCCUGUGAACAGGCAGAAAUGGAAAUGUAUUCUCUUUACCAGCAACGUAGAAUGGAAAGAGUUAAUCCCAAAGGACUCUCUGGCCUGGGGAUACCACUCUUCUAUGGGUCAAGUUGCCUGGGUGGCCCCACAGGUUUCCAGGGCAGGAGCACACUGCCGGCCAGUGAUGUGCAUUUGCACAGGAGCACCUUGAGACACCUUCAGGGAAACCCUAUUCUGCUAGCAACUAGACCCCACUUUACAGAGUGCUGGGGCCAGAAAUACCGACUCAGGAGAGGUGCCGUUUACCAGAAGCCUCCAGAGAGUAACACUGAGAGUUUCAAAAGUCAAGCAGAAGAAAAAAGCUCAAGCCAGAUGCCCGCAGUUCCCUAUGAGGAGGAAGAGUAUAUCAAAGAUCCAGACAUCGAGGUAGACAACCAGCAGAAGCCAAGGGUCACUGAUGCAAAGCCAACUACGGUUCUCACCAACCCCCACAGAGAACUCCAUACACACCAGAGGAAACCAGAGUCUUCCCUGGAGGCAAACGCAUGGGAUGAUGGGAAGGGAAAGCCCUCCGAACAGGUCUAUGAAGGCUGUGAUGGAAAGAAUGGGGUUUUCCGGCCAGUCUCCAUCCUGCCUCUGUCAGGAACACAUGAGCGGGUUGCACUCAGAGAAAACUGUUCUUUGUCUGAUAUUCAGAAGUGGACUGUGGACGAUGUGUAUGACUUCAUCAGAAGCCUUCCAGGCUGUGCAGACUAUGCCCAGGUCUUUAAGGACCAUGCAAUUGAUGGAGAAACACUGCCCCUUCUCACAGAACAGCAUCUUCGAGGCACCAUGGGACUCAAGCUGGGGCCAGCACUAAAAAUUCAGUCUCAGGUAUCUCAGCAUGUGGGAAAUAUGUUCUGUAGAAAACUUCCUUCACUUCCCACCCAUGCAAGGCAAGCAUUUGAUCAGCCAGCAGACACAUCCCCUCUUUUGGACAUUAGUUCCUGGAGUGAUGGUUUGAGCAUUCCUGGUCCCCAGGAUCUAAUGAGUCCUAAAAGAACUGAGCAAGACGUUAUAAGAAAUUAA